CACCGAAUGCCCACAUUCCACCGAGAGGGACGUCACCGGACAACGGCCGGACACACUCGAAUCCGUUCGGAUUCGGAGUCGGAGUCGGUGGAAUUCUAGCGCCGAGAGGGAUAUCCCAAGACAUCUCUCUCAUUGAUUGUUUUCGAGCAGAUCGACAUCAGAUCUUGGUUCGUAGCGGUGAACGAGUAAUCAUGUCUCGUCACCCGGGCCGUGCGAGACAUGUAAGGAAAGAGGGUUUGAGAGGAGAAACGACGCACCGUAAGCCGCAUCGUGGGAGAUAUCACCAGUAUCGGGUCCUUCACUUCAGCCAGUAUGCAGUCUUGCACAAGACAUACGAGUCACGGCCUCUGGCAUUCGACGCCUAUGAAAUCCACUUCGACUCCGAACAGGGCAACUGCGUCCCGAACGUUGUCGGCGGGGCGGCUGUCGCGAGCAAAGGCAACAGAUACCCUGCCGUAGUCGAAGAGGCUGGGAUCGUGAAUUUGACGCUCCACACACAACUCACGAACACCCUGACCGAAAAUCUCGCACGCAACAUCAUCGACAGGACCCACGGUGCCUUUGCGCGCAUCGACUCUGCGCCUGGAGGCAACGAAACCGCCAAAGGCGCCCUCAGAACAGCUCACCAGUACUUCCGGGAGCUGGGCCAGGCUCACUGCGUGAACUAAAUUAUGCCCAAGUACCCUUACCACGGGCUGCCCCUCACUGAACGUCGCGUGGAACGCCCCACGCGCAGCCCGUCAUGCGCCGUACAACGGCGCCCUCGACAGCAAGCACUUCCAGACGUGUCCCCUACCUGUGCCUGUCGCUACAAGCUCGAGGGAGAGUCGGAUAGUGCGUCAAACACCUGCGGGCUGAGCUCGAGUUCACGUUCAUCCUUCAGCGGCCGUCCUGGAUGGGCUCGUGGUUGCCGGAGCCAGCUUUGGAGUCUUCAUCCCUCCGAAAGGGUACUUGGCUGUCUAAGAAAAGUACGGGGCACACCAGCUCCUCGUCGACCAGGUCAUUUACGGAAUGGGCCCGUGAGGAUACCCUUCAAGCUCCCAACCCCACGAUCGGCGCCACUGGCAGCGCGUUUCACACACCGAGCAUACCCGCCUGUCACGCAAUAUCGCCCGCUAUCCAGCGCGUCAUCAUCGGCAAGAAGUUGGCGGAGGACUGCACGAUGCCGGCCGAUCUGCUCGACCGGUACCAGACAGCGGACUGGGGGCCGACGAAGCACUGGCGAAGGACUACGUGGCCACACUUCAUGGUGCUGGCCUCUUCUGGCCUGCUGGGCUCCAAACUCGACCGGUGCUCCCGAUAGUACGGGGUUGCCGAUGCGUGUUUGUGGCCGGGAAGCGGUGCUUUCAAGCUGGACUGGCGAUGGCGCGCAUGAUCCAUAGUGCACAUAUGGAGGAGAACCUAGGAGGACCACACCGUGUUUGCACGGAUGUUGGGCCGACACAGACCUACCUUUUUUGGACGCUGCGGCGUCUUGCCGAUGAUGAUUAAUCGAUGAUUUGUGAUAGCGCGGAGAGCUACCGUGCGUCACGUGAGCGCCUUGAGGAUCGACACGCAAGUCCGCGAGGGCUAUCAACAAGUUGGAGGGCCAACAGAAAUGAAUUGUAUCAAUGCAUGAAAUUCAGUGGAUGUGGACUUCCGAGAUUUGUGUGGACUACUCAUAUAUACUGUAGGCAAGGAUUAUCUUGGAAGACGGUAGAGCAAACGAGCUGACAGUAGUACUC